GAGUCUCAAGUAACAACAGCAACAACAUAUAUAUAUCAUCAUCAUGUCUUUAAGGAGAGUAAGCAUGGAUUCUGAAAUGAAACAUCUCAAUCUGAUGAACAUAAUCUCACCGUCUAAGGUUCCCGAUGGUUGGUUGGUUGAACAACGACCCCGUGUCUCUAACCCCAACCACAUUGACAAGUAUUACUUAGAGCCGCGCACUGGACAUAAGUUCCGUUCUUUGGCAUCUGUCCAGAGAUAUCUAAAUGCAGAAACAAGAGACUACCUUCCUACUGACAGAAUGAUAUCAGAAAACAAAAACACUCUGUCAUUCAAGCUUCCUGAAGGUUGGUUGGUUGAGCAUCGGCCUCGUCCAUCUAAUCCUGACCAUGUCGAUAGGUGUUACAUAGAGCCACACACAGGACAGAAGUUCCGUUCAUUGGUAUCUGUGAAAAGAUAUCUCAACAAAGAAACAAGAGACUAUCUUCCUACUGACAGAGUGAUAUCAGAAAACAAAGACACCACUUCCAUCAAGUCCGUGACUGCACAAAAUUUUGUUUCCGCGAGUGUUUUCGAGCCACGGAAGUUUCCUUCUGCGAGAGAUUUUGAGGGACCUUUAAUAGGAGAAAAUGCAUGUAGAAUAACACCCAAGAAGAAAAUCAAAACGGGGGAAGACGAUAGAGGUUCCAUCCAUAACUUAACAAAACCACCAACAAAAGUAAGCUGGGUUUUGUCUAGUCCCGAGGGCUUCUGGAACCCUUUCCUAGAUGAUUAUAUUGUACCAGCAUCUGAAAAGAGGAAAUGGUCCGAAGCAUUUUCGAUAUCCAUCAAUGAAUUCGAAGGAGCUACUAGUGGAGUUUAUAGUUGAGGAUUUAACAUGGAGAAGACAUGACAUAUUGUUGACUAUGUCCUGUUACUAUGUAACUUAGGUCGUAGCAUAUAUGUAAAGUUCGGUUUAUUUCACUAGUUAUAGUAGUAUAUUUUGUGUCACGCUUGUUCUAGAAACAAUACAUUGUUUUUUGGUUGCACAAACCUUCAAGAAUCUUAUAAGGGAUAGGAAAACUGGUGAAGGAUUGAAGUUUCAAUUCAUAGACAAAUUUCAGAGACCAGUGCUGAUUUAGCAUUGUUGGAAAAACUUUUGUACAGAGAGAUAAACAAAAUAUCAUGUAGUGUCUUUUAUUGUG